AUGAGUGGUAAUAGUGAUCUGAAAAGAUCUAGAGCGUCAGGAGCAGACUCAAACUCGAACGCGCCUUCGAAUGAUGUCGAGCCACCUACUAAAAAAGCUCGAGUUGAAAAAAGCAGAUCUCUCUUCGUGCGAUCGCUUCCUCCAACAGCCACCGCCGAAUCCUUGACCGAAUUCUUCUCUCAGCAUUAUCCCGUAAAGCAUGCCACGGUCAUUCUUGAUCCCCAGACAAAGGCUUCUCGCGGUUACGGAUUCGUUACCUUUACCGACGCCGAUGAUGCUAAGGAAGCCAAAGAGAAGCUCGACAAACAAAAGCUAGAUGGUCGCCCGCUAGUUUUGGAAAUCGCAGAACCUCGGCAUCGUCAAUCGGGUGCCGACUCGACAGAUGCCGCUGCGAAGAAGGCCGAAAGGCAAGCCACGUUGGCCGAGGCUCGCAAAGCACCCAAGUUGAUCGUAAGAAACUUGCCUUGGAGUAUCAAGAAGUCAGAUCAACUCGCAGCUUUGUUCCAGGGAUUUGGAAAGGUAAAAUAUGCCGACCUUCCAAACGACAAAGGGAAACUCUCGGGUUUUGGUUUUAUUACCAUGCGCGGUCGAAAGAAUGCGGAAAAGGCUAUGGAAGCCAUUAACGGGAAGACCAUCGACGGUAGAACUCUAGCUGUUGACUGGGCUGUUGACAAGCAGACUUGGGAACAGCAGAAGCAGCAAGAUAAAAUCGAUAAGAAAAGUAAAAAGGCUAAGCGGGACGAGGCAUCGGAAGAGGAUGCCAAGUCGGACAAAGCAGAAGAUGAGAAAGAAGACGAAAAAGAAGACGAUGAUGAAGACGAUGAGGAGGAUGAGGAUAUCAAAAAUUUCAUGAAGAACCAUAUGGAAAAUCUAGAGGAUGAAGACAGCGAUGCCAACCAAGACGAAGACAAAGACGAAGACGAAGAUGAGGAAGACGCCGAGGAUGAUGAAGGUGGCGCCGCAUUAGGGAGCAAGUCUACUCCCAAGAAACCCCUCACGACAGACAAUAGGUCAACUAUCUUCAUUCGUAAUCUGCCCUUUACAGCUACGGACGCGGAGCUGAAAGCUCACUUUGAAAAGUUCGGGCGUGUCAGGUACGCUCGCAUCGUAAUGGAUCGAGCUACCGAUCGGCCGGCCGGUACAGGUUUCGUCUGUUUCGUCAGCGAAGCCGAUUCAAAGGCAUGUCUCAAGGGUGCACCCCGUAUCCAGCAGCAGUCUGCGAUACCGAAUAAGAAGUCGAUUCUACAGAACGAAUUGGCGGAUGAGGAGGGCAAGUACACGAUGGAUGGUCGCAUUCUCCAAUUGUCACAGGCCGUGAGCAAAGACGAAGCAAGCCAGCUCGCGGAGAAGGGUGCUGCGGUCCGGCUUGGCAAGGAAAAGGAUAAGCGUCGGUUAUACUUAUUAUCUGAAGGUGCCAUCAUGAAGGAUUCGCCUCUCUAUGCUAUGCUCGCUCCUUCGGAGGUCAAGAUCCGCGAAGAAAGUGCUGCGCAACGGAAGAAACUCAUUCAAAAUAACCCCAGUCUCCAUCUGAGUCUCACUCGUUUAGCUAUUCGUAAUAUCCCCCGCGACAUAGAUUCCAAGAAGCUCAAGGCUUUAGCUCGCGAGGCUGUUGUUGGUUUUGCUAAGGACGUCAAGGAAGGUCGAAGACAGCCACUGUCAAAGGAGGAGAAUGCUCGGGGCGGAGAGGAAGACAAGGAAGCCGAGCGCCGCCGUAAAGAGAAGGGCAAGGGUAUAGUCAAGCAGGCGAAGAUAGUAUUCGAAAACAAGGAGGGCUCAAAGGUUCCCGAAACCGAUGGUGCUGGUAAGAGUCGAGGCUAUGGUUUCAUCGAAUACUCCUCGCACCGAUGGGCACUUAUGGGCUUACGGUGGUUGAACGGGCACGCGCUAAAGAAUCCGGCUGGGAAGACGCAACGGCUAAUCGUCGAGUUUGCUAUUGAGAACGCGCAGGUCGUAGCAAGAAGAAAGGACAACCAAGAGAGGCAACGAACAUUUCGAAGCGGUCAAGAUUCAAAUACGAAUGGGAAACCCUCACUAAAAGGCAAGGACUUUUCCGUCUCGAAUGGAAAGUGGCGAAGGGAGAAAAGGGGUGAAGCAGCAGGUGAAGCAGCAGGUGAUGACUCUGGAACUAAGGCAGGCGAAGAAGGGGUUUCGGCAAAGGAAGCUUUACAGCAAAAAAUUAUUGCGAGGAAACGGAUGACGAGGAAGAAGAAGGCUCAGGCGCGGCGUUAA